AUGAAGAAGCGCGGGGAGGACCUGGCGAAGAAGGGAGCCGAAAAGGCGGCGAAAAAGGCGCUGGAAUAUGGGGCGAAGAAAGCUCUAUCGUCCGCUGGCGGGUCGGCCAUGGGCGGGAUCUUGUCGAUUGUGGGGGCGGGAGACGGGCCUACCAUGAUGGGUAAGGUCGGCGCAGACAUUGAAAAAACGGGCAAGGUUGGGCGCGUGAUCGGAAAGGUGAUGCAGAACAAGUACUUCAACGCCGUGGUGAAUACCGUGGCUCCGAAGCCGGUGAUGGCGGGGCUGAAUAUGGCGGCGGAGCACUACGAUGACAUCAAGAGGGAAGGGGAGAAAGCCGGAAAGGCUGUGGGGAAAGAGGCUGGGAGGGAUAUAAAGAAUGGGGUGAACAGGGCUGGGAGGGAUAUAAAGAAUGGGGUGAAAAGGGCUGGGAGGGAUAUAAAGAAUGGGGUGAACAGAGCUGGGAACGAUAUCAAGAAUGGGGUGAGCAAGUCAGGGAACGCUGUAAAGAAUGAGGUGAACAAGGCGGGAAACGCAGUAAAGAAUGGGGUGAACAAGGCAGGUAGAGCGGUUGGGGAUGCUGCUAAGAAGGCCUGGGGUGGGUUCGCUGGCCUUUUCAGGAGGAAGUAG